UUCUGCUGUAUGUACCUUGUUUUGUGCUAUGCUUUGGUGGAGUUUGGUGAUUUCGUUUCGCUUUGCUUUGUUUUUAUUGCGACAUGUGUCCAUUUAAGACUAUAAUGAAAGAGUGUAUGAAGGAAAUCAGCAUCGGAAACAAAGGCCAGUUUUGCGGCAUUUGUUCAUCCGAGGAAGAAAUCGAUUACCUUUUUACCAGGCUCAAAUGUGUUGGGUAUUCUUAUUCGGUGAGGAGCAGCGCUUAUAACAGAUUAUCCUCCGACGCUACAACCAGUAAACCACGAUUCUUCUUCAGUCAGUCACAAGGGACUAUUCAAAUCCCAUUUUUUGGGUCACCAUUUUCGGUUGAGUAUGUAAGCUACAGGCAAUGUACACUCGGUCCAAUGUACUAUGAUAAAAACGAGAUUCCUGUUCCUAAUCACCUGGUUGACCAUAUCAUUCCAAAUAAAAAGCAAAAGUUGUUUAUGGAUACCAAGAAAAGUGACUGUCCUGCCACAUUUUUAGUAAAAUGUGUCAGAGUUUAUCCUGGCUAUUUAGUCCUGUCAGAGAAUGAUCGCAAGACAAAAAAAAUGGUUAUUGAUAGCUUGAAGAAGCAUUUGGAGUUACCCAAUAAACCAGAAAGCUUUCUUCGCUUGUAUGUGGUUGCUUCACCACCAGAGCACCACACACACAGUGCAGCACAUAUGAAAACAAGCGGAGAUCUGCAUCCUCGGCUAGCUUUGGAAAUACGGAACCAUGUCAAAAAUGGAACAACAUCAGUAAGAGAAAUAAAAUUGCUUCUUGAAAAGUUUGUUGAGACAAACUUCAGUGGGCCAGCUAGACCAGACCGUGUAAACACUGCAUUUUACCCCACAGACAAAACCAUUUAUAACCAUGUGUAUAGGACAAGAAAGAGAAUUUUUGGUGAAGAUUCAUUAGAGAUCCAGAUUGAUAAGGCAUAUGGAUGUGACUCAAGCAGCAGGUGUACUGCACCAAUUAAUUCUGUGAGAAAUGGUGUACAGAAUACCAGCAGAAGCGAUGAAAGGAACAAAAAGCACGCCAGUCCUGAAAAAUCAAGCUCUUGUUCAUCCCUGUCUCAAGAGGCAAGAGACAUAUGUAAAAAUAUUAUAGAGCUCACAUACAAUUGCAGUGAUGAAACAAUAAAAAAACUUGUAGAUGACCUUAGAAAUGUGCAGCGUAGUGUAGAAUUGUCAGACCAUGCAGGCAGUAACCGUCCUUCAACAGUGGCAACAAAUUCUAAAAUAGAGAAACAUAUUUGAACGGUGAAAUUGGCACGAGGAAUCAAAUUUCACUGAAUAUGCUGCACUCAAAUGUCUGGAGCAACUCAAGAACCGGAAAAAACUUAAAACUGAUGUGUGUCUGAAGCAUCUAUGGUAACUCUGCUUCAGAGCAAAAUCAGAUGUAGCUGUACAAUAAGAUGAUGGACCUGUGAAUCCUGAAGGAGAAGACAGAGCAACUCAACAAGUUUGUGGUGUGCAAAUUUGAUACGCCAAGUGGCCGUAGUGGAGCUGCAAUCAGUUGUUUUAGCAAAAUGGAGGAUAUGAAGGGGCGUGCACAAAUGGUAGGUGGUAUGCAAGACAAAAUCGGCGACCCAAGUGCAAAGAAACUUUCGUCGAGUUUACAACAAAGCGCCCCCAUGGUUCAAGACUAUAAAGAAGUAGUGUGAUCAGUUUUUGGCUACUGGGAGUGUUGCGAAAGGGCAUGGUGGUGGUAAGCCUGGGAUCAGCGGACAUCAUGUGGAACAUGUGCGACGGUCAUUCGAACGAAGUCCACAGAAGUCACUGCGACAGGCAGCAUGAGAACUUCGUAUGAAACGUUCAACAGUGCACAAAGCGCUUCAUAAGCGAUUACGUUUGUACGCAUAUAAAGUGCAGGUUGUGCAAGAGAUCAAGCCUGAUGAUCGACCAAAGCGAGACGAAUUUGCAUGUGUCAUGUUAGAUCGCAUUGUCGCGGACCAGACAUUUUUAUCAUAAUGUUUACUGACGAGGCAACCUUUCACUUGUCAGGGGCUGUCAAUCGUCACAAUGUGCGCAUCUGGGGGUCCGAAAAUCCACAUGCACCUAGGGAACACAUGCGCGACAGUCCGAAAGUUAAUGUGUGGUGUGGUUUGAUGAUAAAUCGCGUUGUUGGGCAGUUUUUCUUUCAGGAGCCGACUGUGGAUGGAGCCAUCUGCCUGGACAUGUUGGAACAAUUUGCUGUGCCACAGGUAACAGACCUGCAGCCAAAUGUGAUGUUUCAACAGGACGGUGCACCACCCUAUUGGAGCCUUGAUGUCCGAAAAUUUUUAAAUGACACAUUCCCGCAAUGAUGGAUUGGCCGUGGAGGUCCAAUUCCUUGGCCGCCACGUUCGCCCGACAUAACCCCCCUCGAUUUUUUCUUGUGGGAUUAUGUGAAAGACCGGGUAUACGCUACACCAGUAAAGGACCUGCAAGACUUGAAACAGCGCAUAAGAAUUGUCAUCAACUCUGUCACAGAACAGAUGCUCCGCAACACAUGGCACAAAAUAGAUUGUAGACUUGAUAUUCUUCACGGUACCCGUGGCACCCAUGUUCAAGUGUACUGAACUGUCCACCUGUGUAUGAAAACUUGAUGAGCUGCUGUAUGAUUUCCCUGUAUUUGUUCGUCAGUAAAUUGUGUUUCCUCUCAGAGUUUAUGAGUUCAAAUGUUGGGAGUCUCAUUGUGGACACCCUGUACUAUGAUACAGCCAUUGAGUGUCCAGCAGAGUGUGCUUGCAAUAAACUUCAGUAAGACAGGCAACAGUAAACAUUACGUAAGAAAGUAAACUGUAAACUAUAAAUAAAAUGGAGAAAGAUUCAAAGACAGUGACAAACCCAAGCGAACAGAAAGCAGCAGUGCCUGGCACAGUGAAAAAGGCUGGAGGCAUACGUAGUAGUUGAGGCGAUAUCAGAUGGCGCCAGCAGAAGACUGUACAUGCAAUAUCAUGAAUAUGUUAAUGAACAAAUCCAAACAUUGAGGCUGUCCCUGAUUAACCUGGAGAAGAAAGAUGUGUCGUCUUCUCCAGUGAUGAGGAUUCCGUUGAUGAUAACGGUUAUGCGAAUGAAUCAGUUGACAUGUUUAGUUUGCCACAAAUAAAGAAAAUACCGAAUGAAACAUUUAAAAAGGCUGUUUACACUGCGUUCACAACAUUAUUCGUGCCUAAUAAUGGACUACCAAUGUUCGCAACACAAAAUCAGUGUUCCAUGACUGCAUCGGUAGAGAUGAAAGAAACAUUGUUCGUAGCCUGCUACCACUAAAUUACACUAUGGAGCGCUAGCGUUUGUUUGCUCGGAGAGAGUGUUUUGGUGUUUGUUGUGUGAGUGGUGGGGUGUUUAUUUUAUUUUCCUUCAUUUUUGUUUAAAAUGGAGUGGUCACGAGACAAAAUUUUCCAGUUGAUAUUAUUCUUUGAGGCAAAGGAGUGCCUGUGGAAUGUACAUUGCGGAGGUUACAGAAUUACUAAAAUCAAACAUGAUUGAUUACAAAAAGUUGCUGCAGUGCUUGGCAGUGAUAUGGACAAAAAAAUUAAGUCUCUCUUGUCUCAGUAUCGAUGAGAGAAAAGAAAAAUAGAGGACAGUAAAAAAUCUGGAAGUGGUACUGACACACUACAAAAUGAGUGGGACACAACUCUGGGGUAAACAAGGUUAUGCCUGCAAAUUAUUAUUUUUAUUCUCAUGUAAAACAAUUUGAGCUGUAAUUAUUUUGCCAUGGAACAACUCCUUGUGGGCUCAUGAAGUAGUUAGCAAAUUCGUUGUGAAUUUCCUUGAGUGUUUGAGAAGUUCUCCAUGGUAUAUUUGGGAGUGCAGUAAUAGAGGAUGCAUUAGCAUCUCAUCUCCAUGCCACUGGGAGGACUUCACCUGUUUGUGGACAAAAAGAAUUGAAGCUUCCUGGUGGGCUGUAAUAAUUUCUUGACACCGAAUUUCUUCUUAAAAAAUUGUGCAGACAUACUGCUGUCAUUGUGGUGGUUUGUGCCUCCUGUGGUUGUAAUAGCAUUGGUUUGCGGAAGACACAAAACACUGAGGUCAUAAUACCAAAUGUGUUUUCCACACCCAUCCUUGCCCUUGACAAUCUAUAGAUUCUCUCGUUUGGUCCUUUCUGGAUACGGCUUCAUGAUAUUUUCCUGUAAUGGGAAAGCAUCAUUUGCUGUGAAUAUGUAUGGUAGUGGCUUUGUCCCUCCAGGUAAACACUCCUGAGGCAGCAUGUUCAGUUUGUUUUUGUGAAUUAGUUCACUUAGGCAUUCUGGAAAACACCUCCAUCAGAAAUCCUCCCUUGGCAGCCAACGUCAGCAUAUAAAAAGUUGUAGUUGGCGUCAACUACAGCAAGCAACACAAUGCGAAAUGAUCCUUUAUAGUUAUAAAACUUGCUCUCACUAGCAACAGGGCACUGUAGAAAAAUAUGCUUCCCAUCAAUUGCUCCCACGCAAUGAGGGAAGUGGAGUGCCUGGCAGAACAUACUUUCUUUUGAACGCCAUUCAUCUUCAGUAGCUGGCAUCUGAAACAAGGAAAUUUGACUUCAGGUUUCGCAAGAGGUACCUCAACAUGCAGCAGCUGAAACAGAGGAACUUGCAGCAAAAGAAGAAGAGGACAGCACACCACCUCCACAAAAACAGGUCAGGAGGGGGGUUGGAAGAAGCAACCCCAUAUUUAAUGCAGCAGAAAUGUUGCAUAGCAGCAGCAACAACUACAGGACUCGGCAACAGAUAUGGGAAAAUUUCGUCACUAAGUUGAAAGAGCUUCCAUCCUAUGAAAGGGCAGUGGCUACUAGACGAAUAAGUGAUGUGCUGUACGAUUAGGGACUGAAUGCUCUGAGGAAGCAGCAGAGUAAUAAACAUAGAUGAAGCACGAUCAUCAGCUUCAACUUCAACUGCAGAUUCCCGUCACAUUCAGUGGCAGCAAAUCUGAUUUGGAUUCUGAAGAAAUUAUCUUCAUGGAAUGAUGUUAAUAUGUAAAUAAUAAUAUGAAA